AUGGUAUUAUCUCUCAACGACACAGGGACCCAGAUGACUGAAUUCCUGAUGAUCUGCUUUCCAGGAAUGCAGGACACACAGCACUGGCUGUCCGUAGUCCUGGCUCCUCUCCUGGUUUUGGCCCUUGGGGCCAACUUUCUGUUGUUACUAGCCAUCUGGCAGGAGGCAUCUCUGCACGAGCCCAUGUGCUACCUGCUUGCCAUCCUCUCUAUGCUAGAUGUCAUCCUCUGCCUCACAGUCAUCCCCAAGGUCCUGCUCAUCUUCUGGUUCAACAUGAAGCCCAUCAGCUUUGCGGGCUGCUUCCUGCAGAUGUUCAUCAUGAAUACAUUCCUUCCCAUGGAGUCCUCCACCUUUCUGGUCAUGGCUUAUGACCGCUAUGUGGCUAUUUGCCACCCUUUGCGCUACCCGUCCAUCAUCACCGAACAGUUUGUCAUCAAUGCAGCCAUCUUCAUCGUCUUCCGCAAUUUGCUGGCCACACUACCUACACCAGUUCUGGCUGCCAGGCUCAAUUACUGUGCCAGCAAUGUAGUAGAAAACUGUAUCUGUGCCAACAUUUCUGUAGCAAAGCUCUCCUGUGGGGAUAUUCACCUAAAUAAGAUCUACCAGUUUGUGAGUGUUUGGUGCCUACUGGGUUCUGAUUUGGUCCUUAUCUUGCUAUCCUACUGUUUCAUCUUGAGUGCUGUUAUGCGUCUGCAUUCAGGGGGUGCAAUCACCAAGGCCUUGAGUACUUGUGGUUCCCAUCUCAUUCUUAUACUUUUCUUCUAUACAUUGCUUCUAGUCUUCAUCUUCACAAGCAAGGCAGGGAAAAAAGUGCCCUCAGAGGUACCCAUUCUUCUCAAUGUCUUGCACCAUCUCAUCCCACCAGCCCUGAACCCCAUUGUUUAUGGAGUACGGACCCAAGAAAUCAAACAAGGAAUUAUCAAGCUACUCAAGUACCAGUGCUGA